UUCCAGCUUCCGGGUAAACGGAAGACAGCAGAACAGGAGGAGAAGGAGAAAGAAGUGUGCAGGACGCUAAUAAGUCAGUUUUAUUUGUUAUCCAGUUUGAAAUAUACAUCUGUGAUUCAUUAUUUAAGGAUAAAGUGGUCUCGAUGCGCUAGAAGCACUGUGCCGCUUCUCGUGCUAUCUUUGCUUGUUAGUUAGUUUAGCUCGCUAGUUAGCUUAGCUUGUUAGCUGCUAACAGAAGACACAGAAGUUAUCAACACGUCGCUAAGUAGAGAUCAAGUGUGAGAGUAAAGUGUUGUGAUUGUGUGAAAAUGUGUGAAAGAAGGAUAGCAAAGUAUGAGGAAGAGCUUUGUCUUACAAAAGAGGAGAAGGAGCGACAACAUCAACUACUGGACGCUGUUUUCAAGAAACAUCAAGUUGUGUUACACAGAACAGACAUCGAUGAAGAACAUCUUCCUGGUGAGCAGGAGGUGGAACCACAGUCCUCCAACAUACACGAGGAAGAAAAGGGCAAGCGGAGGACCCACUGAUCUUACACAUCAAAAAUGAAGAGGAGGACCCACUGAUCCCUCACUUUAAGGAGCAAGAGAACCUGCUGACCCCUCACAUUAAAUAGGAAGAGAUGGACCCACAGACCCCCUACUUUAAAGAGGAAGAGGAGGACCAAGAGCCGCCGCACAUUAAAGAGGAAGAGGAGGAAGAGGGCAUCAGUCAGCCUAAAUGGUUGGAGGAGUUCCCAGUGACUGUGAAGAGUGAAGAUGAUGGGGUCAAAGGUGAAAGUGAGGAGAGGGGAGGGGGGGAGCCUCCAAGCAGCAGCUCAACACAACACAUGACAACAGAAGCUGAUGGAGACCACUGUGGAGGAUCACAAGCAGACAAGCUCUUAGCUCCACUAUCAGAUAGUGAGGACACAACGUCACACUCUCCUGACACUGAUGAUGAAGACUCUAAAGAUGAUAAGACAUGUCACACUGACAACACUCACUUCACAUCUUCUCACUCUCACAAAACCUUUAAAUACCAUAGUCUUCUGAAAACACACAUGAGAAGACACACCGGAGAAAAACCUUUUAUCUGUUCAAUAUGUGGCAAAGGUUUUGUAGAAAGUCACAAUUUGAAAGUACACAUGAGAACACACACCGGUGAAAAACCUUAUGUCUGUUCAAUCUGUGGUACAUGUUUUGUACAAAGAAUCAAUUUGAAAGUACACAUGAGAAGACACACUGGUGAAAAACCUUUUAUCUGUUCAACCUGUGGUAAAGGUUUUACAGAAAGUCCGAGUUUGAAAGUACACAUGAGAACACACACUGGUGAAAAACCUUUUUCUUGCUCAGAAUGUGGUAAAGAUUUUGUUCAAAGUAAACAUUUGAAAGUACACAUGAGAACACACACUGGUGAAAAACCUUUUUCUUGCUCAGAAUGUGGUAAAGGUUUUGUACAAAGUCCCCUUUUAAAAGUACACAUGAGAACACACACUGGUGAAAAACCUUUUGUCUGUUCAAUCUGUGGUAAAGAUUUUACAGAAAGUCGAUGGUUGAAAGUACACAUGAGAACACACACUGGUGAAAAACCCUUUUCCUGUUCAAUCUGUGGUAAAGGUUUUACACAAAGUCAUCAUUUGAAAGUGCACGUGAGAAGACACACUGGUGAAAAACCUUUUUCCUGUUCAAUCUGUGGUAAAGGUUUUACAGAAAACUGGUGUUUGAAAGUACACAAGAGAACACACACUGGUGAAAAUUCACAUUCCUGUUCAAUCUGCAACAGAAGCUUUUGUCAACAAUCAAAGCUUGUAGCACACAUGAGAAGACACCCAGGAGAGAAAGUGUUGAGUUGUGGUGUGUGUGGUGAAAGAUUGUCUUCUAAGUACCAGUGUAAGAAACACAAGUGUGCUGGUGAGAACAGCAGCAGCAAAUGAAACUGCAGGAUUUGAAAUAAACUGUCCAGACUUUCAUUUUGACUUUCUAACAACAUCAGCACAUAUAACAUGUGUGACAUUGUUGUUUGUCUAACAAUCUGUUUAAUAUGCGCCUACAUUGAUAGAUUAGACAGUUUGAAAAAUAAAGGUAUUACUUAUUU